GAACACUCGUAUUCUACUCCAGAUAUUGAUAGUCUGAAAAGAAAACUUCAAAUAAUGGAGAAGAAAUUAUUACAGAAAAUGAAAGAGUUAAGAGCUGCAAAAGAAAGAGAAAGACGUCCUAGAGAAACCUGUGGUACACUUCUUAGAGAGCUUUCCAGGAAAAAAAUAGUAACCAUAACACAGCAGCUAAUGGAAAAUCUGCAACAAUAUGAAGAUAUUCCAGUGGAACUUUUUGAUAAGUCACCAACUGAGUACUCAACACAUCAAAAGUCAUUUGUUUUGAUGCUGCAGUUACAUGAUUCUUCAGUUUACAGAUAUAUAAAGAACCAUAAACUUCCAUUUCCAAGUCUCCGAAUGUUGAGAAGUUGGCUGAAAUCCACUAAUGAUGGACCAGGGAUAAAUGCUUCUGUAUUACAGCUACUGCUUAAUAAACGUCUUGCCAAUCCGUACGAAUACACGUGUGCUUGUCUUGUGAUAGGUGCACUGUCACUCAGGCAGCAUGCUGUCUAUGAUGUCUGCCAGAAGAAGGUAGUUGGAUUAAUCGAUUAUGGGAACGGUCCUGAAGCAUAUAGCCAAAAUGUUGCAACUCAAACAUUGAUAUUCAUGCUUGUAGGUAUCAAUGGGCAUUGGAAAGCUCCCAUUGCUUACUUUUUAACAAAUUCUUUGACUCCAGGGGCACAGAUGGAGCUUGUGCUUCACGCGUUACAUGAAUUGAUGGAUAAUGGUUUUGAUAUCAAAUCAAUUACUCUGGAUGGAUGUGAAACAAAUAUACAGAUGUGUACCAUGUUGGGUUGUGAUUUUAGUGAUCCAGCACAUCUGCAGACUCACUUCACAAUACCAGGCACUACAAAGUCUUGCUAUGUUGUGAUAGAUGUUUAUAAAGAGGCUGGUUUACUGUGCAAUUUGAUAGAGACAUAUGAGUCUGUUAAAAGUAACAAAGGUACUAUAAGAUGGCAGCAUAUAAAGAAUCUUAAAGUACUGAAUAUGAAGUCUGGAAUAUUUGCUGGGACAAAGUCACUGCAGGACACUCAUUUUUUGUCAGAAGUUGAAGCAUCCCUAGCAGCUGAAAUAUUAAGCGACUCUGCAGCAAAGACUUUACUAAGACUUCACGACUUGAGAUAUGAAAACUUUUCUGAAAGUGAUGCGACUGCAUUCUUUCUACAGACAAUCAGUAAACUUCUUGAUGUAUUCUGUAGCCGUAGCCCAAGAAUAAAGGGUUAUAAAGGAGCCGUAGAUAACAGCAAUUUGCAGCAUAUCCUUGGGUUUCUUUCAGAAGUAAAGGCGUAUUUGCUGUCCUUAACUACAGUUGAAGGAACUAUGCUGUAUGACUACCCAAGGAAAACGUGCAUAAUUUGCUUUCUGAUAAGCAUACAGUCCUUCUGUGAAAUGCUACCACGAUUACUGACUCAUCAGAAAUAUGUUCUUACAUACAAGUUCAGCCAGGAUUUUGUGAAAAAUUUUUUUAAUGACGUUCAUGCACCAGGAGAACUGGGCUAUGAACUUACAGCAUCACAGGUGAAACAUGCUAUGAGAAAAUGGCUUAUAAGAUGUGGAAUAAACAUAGAUCAGGAUAAUGAAACUGCUAAAAACAGUAUGGAGUUCCUUACAUUGUAUGAAGAAAGAAGCUUACCAAUUAUUUUCCAGCAGCACCUGCCUUCUCCUUUUGAAGACAACAGCAUUGAAUUGCCUGAUCAUAAUUUAAUUUCUGAAACAUUGAAUUUCUUGCUCAACAAUCCAUUAGUAUAUUUUGCAGGCUGGGUUGUCCGUAAAGCAAUGACUGAGGUGGCAUGUGAUGAAUGCCGAUGUGCACUUGUCAGUGAUACUCUCCAAGUUAAUUUCUUAGAUGCGCACCACUUGUUGCAGCUGAAAGAGAACGGUAGACUGGUUAUUCCAUCAUCAGGCACAGUCAGAAUUAUUCUUAGCUCAGAACGUAAGCUAAGACAUAUGAUGAAUGCCAGCAGUAAACAAUACUCUGUAAAUCUUUUGAGAUUAGAGCACGAAGUACUUCUUGAUAUUGGCAGCUGUGAUGUGCUUGGUCUCAGUAAACACAUGGCACAGAGUCAGUGUGGCAUUGAUAAUCAUCAUUUUUACAUUCUGCGUUUGCUGGUUUCUGUAUUCUACAGGAUCCGUCAGCAGCACUUUGCAAAACUUGAACAAUGGGAAUUGUUUAAAUGCAAAAUUAAGCAGAAAUUCACUAAAACAAUGCAUUGUAAAUGUUAAGACUGCACAGGAUUUAGCAGCAUCCUGAAAUCAAGUCCAGUAAGGUGGAGAAAAUAAUUCCACUGUGAACAGUUGUUUUAUAAUGCUUUGUACUGAAUGAAAUGCCAGAAGAUUGCCAUUAUAUUCAAUGUUUUUUUUCUUCAUUUUAAUAUACUUUUACUGGAAAAUCA